AUGGAUGGUGUGAGGAUACUAAGAAGUCGUUCAGAUGCCACUGUCACCAAGGCUUUCGGAGUCGUUUUCGAUGUUGACCCCUUACCAACUGGUGAUGUUCCUGUUCCCAUAGUAACCGUCGCAUCUACAUCCGUAGGAGAUGUCGAUGAGUGUGAUGUUCAUUCAGACUGGUGUGAUACGACUAAUGGAGUCUGUACGAACUUGCCUGGUUCAUUCAGUUGUUCCUGUACUGCUGGUUAUGAGUUAGACAUGGACGGAAGAACUUGCAAUGAUGUCGAUGAGUGUGGUGUUCAUCUAGACUCAUGUGAUCCGACUAAUGGUGUUUGUACAAACAUGCCUGGUACAUUCAAUUGUUCCUGCACUGCUGGUUAUGUGUUAGACAUGGAUGGAAGAACUUGCAAUGAUGUCGAUGAGUGUGGUGUUCAUCUAGACUCGUGUGAUCCGACUAAUGGUGUUUGUACAAACAUGCCUGGUACAUUCAAUUGUUCCUGCACUGCUGGUUAUGUGUUAGACAUGGAUGGAAGAACUUGCAAUGAUGUCGAUGAGUGUGAUGUUCAUUCAGGCUCGUGUGAUACGACUAAUGGAGUUUGUACGAACAUACCAGGUACAUUCAACUGUUCCUGUACUGCUGGUUAUGAGUUGGACAUGGAUGGAAGAACUUGCAAUGAAGGAGUUCUGUGUGGAUCAGUGAUGUGCGUGAAUGGGGGUGAAUGCGGAACGACCGAAGGCAACGUGAAGUGCCAGUGUCCGCAAGGAUACGCAGGAGAAGACUGCGGUACCGAACCUUUAGAAACGCGUUUGGUCAAUGGAAGCGGUGCAUUCGAAGGCAGAGUUGAGGUGUACUACCAGGGAUCUUGGGGUACCGUGUGUGAUGAUCUAUGGAACACGGUAAACUCCAACGUUGUGUGCCGAUCCUUAGGAUAUAUUACAGCAGCUGGCGAUUACGUUACACGCACCAACGUUUUUGGAAAUGGGACGGGGGAUAUUAUCUUGGACAACGUCCAGUGUGUAGGUACUGAAACCAAUAUCGCCUUCUGUCCACAUGUGGGUUACGGGAAUCAUAAUUGUGGACACGAUGAAGAUGUUGGUGUCAUUUGUGCAGAACCUUUAGAAACCCGUUUGGUCAAUGGAAACGGUGCAUUCGAAGGCAGAGUUGAGGUUUACUACCAGGGAUCUUGGGGUACCGUGUGUGAUGAUCUAUGGAACACGCUAAACUCCAACGUUGUAUGCCGAUCUUUAGGAUAUCCACAAGCUACCGAUUUUUUUAGAAGUGCCGACAAAUUUGAAGAAGGGACGGGGAAUAUCAUCCUGGACAAUGUCGAGUGCGUAGGAAAUGAAACCAAUAUCGCCUUCUGUCAACAUGCGGGUUACAGGAAUCACAAUUGUGAACACUAUGAAGAUGUUUGUGUCAUCUGUGCAGGUAAGCGUUAG